AUAGAGAAACAGACUCCAGGCUCUGCUAACAGUCAAAAUGUCUAAAGGGCCUCUCAUCCUCUGGCUGGUGAUUGAGCUCGGGUGGCUUUAUCUGACUCCAGUUGUGUCGGAGACAGUGGUGAGGGCAUACUGGGGGCAGACGGUGACUUUGCCCUGCACGUACCCAUCCUGGUCCCAGAGCAGAAACAGCAUGUGCUGGGGCAGAGGCCAGUGCCCCAAAUCCAAAUGCAACGAGGAGCUUAUCCACACUGAUGGGGCAUCAGUGGUCUCCAAGAAGUCAUCUAAAUAUGCGCUUUGGGGGAAUAUCCGGACAGGCAGUUUGUCCUUGACCAUCACGGACGUCAGUGCCAGUGAUAGUGGAGUGUACUGUUGUCGCAUCGAGGUGCCAGGAUGGUUCAAUGAUGUGAAGAACAACAUUCACCUGCAGCUAUUGGGAGCCCCACCCUCUACCCGCCGCCCAACCACCACCACCGUUAGGGCCACAACUGCCAGGACCACGACUACCAGGACCAUGACUACGAGGACCACGACUAUCAGGACCACCCCUGCCAGGACCACCCCUGCCGGGACAACCCCUGCAGCAACAAGGGCACUUCCAACCAUGUUCAUCACCACCCCAGACCUCACAACUCAGGCCCCUCUUCAGACAAUCACGGCUGCCCUGACAGCAGCUACCAUGUGCCCUUCCACAGCACCGAGUGCCCCCCCGAGGGAGACCUCAGCUCUUCUGCCCACCCAGCCUUCCCCCGAAGGACCCAUGCUCACUAGAGCAUCCAGACCUUGGGUCCUCAAGUCAACAAGGAACUCACUGACUUUCCCUGAGACGAGAGAAUCUGAGACAGUCACUCUUAUAAAGAAUGAAGGUGAAUCAAAACAGAUAAACAUGGCUGACAACUCAGACCUGAUGAUGAUCAUCAUCACCUCCCUGGUAUUUGUGCUGCUGGCAUUACUUGUGGGGUUUUUCCUUCGAGGGAAAAUCUUGAAAACCGGUUGUUUCAGGAAACACACGAGGCUGGAAGACCCUGGAAAAAGUAAAAAUGUCCUCAAUGAUAUGCUGCACAGAAGAGAAGAUGAAGAUGGUCUUUUCACACUGUAACGUGCUACUUUUUCGUAGACUGGAGGAUGGGGGCAUAUUUGUGAAUUGUCAAAAUAAGUCUUCAUGUGUUUUGUUUUAAAAAGUUCCACUUAUUGGACCUCCCCUGGUGGCGCAGCAGUUGAGCGCUGGGCUGCGAAGCUGCCCGCAGCCUCUGCAGCACCGGUUUGUUCCCCGGCCACCGGCAAGGGUCCCACCAAAAAAAAAAAAAAAAAAAAAAAAAAAAGUUCCACUUAUUUCAUUGGUGUCAUCAAUCUAAUGUGGCUUUAGUUUUACAAUUGAAAGGCACUUUAGAGACCAUAGCUUUGCUGCCCUGCAAUUGAAUCUCCUCUGCAACAUCACUGUUAAACGGUUUUCCUUCCUAUGCUUGAAUACCUUCUUUGAUGGUGAACUCACUACUACACCAAGGCUGUUCUUACAAUCCUAGGAUGCUUCCAAGACUUGGAGAUAUUUAAAACAAAGUGUCUUGAGAGAGCACCUGCCUGCUGGUGCUGUUGUAUGUACUGUACUCACACAGAACAUGUCUGCUCCCUCUUCUCCCUGGUAGCACUCCACAUACUGGAAGGAGAAGCUCAUCUUUCUCCAAAUUGCCUUGUGCCUGGGACACAAGUUCUGGUCCUUUCUCUGUUCCCAUUGCAUUAUCACUGUAUGUGUGUUUGCUUCUCCCUUUUUGCUCAGAGCUCAGGACCCACUCUGGGUCUUGCACAGGCAACCCUGGACCUGGAAUUGGAAUCAUAUUCUAACUUCAACCGGCUACUAAAAUUCUUGUGAUCAUGGUGUCACAUCUAAUUCUUUUUUUUAAAAGAUCUAUUUAUUUAUGCAAACAAGAACUGGGGUACA